UGGUAAUAUAUGUUAUAGUACUAUUAGUGUUUAUGUUUAAACAAUUAAUAUAAUGUAAAAACUUUUUAUAAAGAUUAUAUAAAAUGUUAUUUCGAUUUUGUCAUAUUGGUUAUAAAACUAUCAAUAUAUCAUUUAUCAAUUUUACAAGGCACUAUGCAAGAGCGAUAGUUAAAAGCCGCAAAAAAGAAAAUGAAAUAAUUGAUAAUGAAGUAAAAAAUGAAGAAAAAAGAAUACCAAUAAUAGUUUCCAAAAAAAAAUUAUAUGAUUUUUAUCCAGAUGAUAUAAAUAAAAAGAAAUUAAUAUUAGCUAGUCAUGGGUGGAAAAAUAGAAAAUCCAAAAAUGAUCACUUUUUUAUAUAUCCUUAUCACAAUGAUAAGACAGAGAUAAAUAAAAUUGAUUUUGAGGAGCUUAAUAUAAAUAAUUCUGUGUGUAAUAAUUUAGAAAAUUUAGAUAUAUAUAAACCUUUAGAAAUUCAGAAAUUAGGAAUACCAAAAAUUCUUCAAGAAUAUAACGUAUUAUUAGCAGCAGAAACAGGAUGUGGGAAAACAUUAACUUAUCUUUUGCCAUUGGUAACUAAAAUUUUACAAUGGAAAGAAAAUAUGCAAAGUAAUAUAAAUGCUCCAUUGGGUUUAAUUAUAACUCCUUCAAGAGAAUUAACAGUUCAAAUUGCAUUGGAAUUAAUUAAGAUAUCUAAAAAUCUUGACAUUAAAAUAAAAAUAAUCACUGGUGGCAGAACAAAAAAAAUAAUAUUGAAUCCUCCUGUGGGUCAAGUUGAUAUUCUUGUUUGUAGUUUUGGAGUUAUUAGUAAAUUGACAACAUUUGGUGUAUAUAAUCUGAAAUUUGUAAGAUUCGUUGUCUUAGAUGAAGCAGAUUCCUUGUUUCAUCAUUCAUUUGAGGAGAAAUUAAGAGUAUUUAUGAAAAGAAUAUUUGUUGGAUAUAGUCAUACAACAAAAGAUGAAUUCAUCGAUUCACCUCAACUUAUUUUAACUUCUGCAACAAUUCCUUCACGGAUGAAGAAUGUAUUGAAUGGAAUUGUAAACGUAGAUUCAAUAAAACAUAUAACAACAGAAAAAUUACAUACAAUAUUAGUUCCACAAAAAUUUAUAAGAUUAAUACCAAGUGAAAAACCUGUGGAACUUUUGAAAUAUAUAAAACCUAAAGUGUUAAAUAAUCAACGCGUAAUUGUAUUUUGUAAUCAAAAUAGUACUUCUUAUUGGCUUUCUUCUUUUUUAAACGAUUGUGGUAUUAAAGUUACAAAUUUAAAUGGCGAUAUGCCAUUGUCUGUACGACGAGGAAAAUAUGGAGAAUUUAUAAAUGGUAAAACUAUGGUACUAUCUACGACGAACGGAGGUUCCCGAGGUUUAAAUACAGUGAUGGUUAAUCACAUUUUAAAUUAUGACUUUCCAUUGGAUACAGCCAGUUAUAUUCAUAGAUGCGGUAGAACUGGCAGAAUAGGUACCGUAGGUACUUGUAGAGUGACAAGUUUUAUUUCCAAAAUCGGAGAAGUCAUCGUAGUUCAAAAAAUUGAGAUGGCAGUCAGGAAAAUGAAACCAAUACCUCUGUUCAAUCUCAUGGAUAAGGGAAAAGAAGAAGAAUUAGUAGAAGAAGAAGUAGAAAAUGAUUACACAGAAGAAAUAAUUGAAGAUUUACAUAACAUAGAAAAUAUUCCAUAUUGAAAUUUAAAUAUUUUUUUUGUAAUAUAAUGUAAAUAAAAUAUAUAAUUAAUUUUUAACAAAUAACAAAAAUUAUUUAUAUUUUAUAUUUACUUUAUAUUUUUCGUAUUCUUAUCUAUUUUUAUAAUACGUGUUCGCUGAUACGAAAAGUCUUCUAUGAAGCCUUUUAGGUGAAUCUCUAUACAAGGAUAAAAAAAUCGAUUAAAUGUCAUUGACCUUAUUUAAACUUAUUUAAUGUUGACUCAUUUUAUUAAUUCUUUAUGUCUUCUAUUAUAAAAUAAUAAAUAUAUUUAAUAAUUUCUCUCUUAA